AUGGAUGGCCUGCUCUCGCCCUGGGCUGCCUUCGUCGCCGCCUGGAGCGCGACGAUCGGCGCCUGCUGGCCCUGGAGCUGGAGAGCACCAGCGGCGCCCGCCCGGCACCCGCCUCCGCCGCUGGCCCGCGGCUCGGAGGACGACUGCCAUUGCUCCUGCGACGCGGAGCUGAGGCGCGCCAUCGACCGCCAGGCGGAGGUCAUCGGCCUUCAGCUGGGGGUCUGGGCGCUGCGGUGCCUGCUCGUUGCCGUGCUGUGCGGGGGGCUGCUGCUCCUCUCUGGCGCCGGCUGGAGCCGCGGCCCCACUGACCACGGCGGCAUUCUGCGCUGGUUCAUCGACGUCAUUGCUGACACAUUCGACCUCGACACUUCGGAUCCCCAGAUCCUUGCGCGCCACGAGAAUGACCCGGCUGGUCUCUUCUGGCACCACCGCGUGCUGCUGUUCCGCGCGGAUGGGGGCACUUGGAUUGCCCUGACCCCGGACCAUGACCUGGUCCGGGUGAUGCUGCUGGACGUCCGACACGAGGCGCUGGAGUGGCGGGCGCCGCCCCCCGGGCACGUGGCGAAUCAGGUCUAUGCCCGCGACCCUGCGUCGGGAGCUGCACUGGCCGUCUUCAGGAGCCGCGCGAAGAUGAUGGGCCAGCUCCUGGGCGUGGGCCAGGUCGACGCGGUCGAGAGGAUGUUCGGCGAGAUCGUGGAGGCGGGCAUCGUGGAGGACGGCGCCUGGGGCACCAGCUUCGACAACAAGGGCGCGACGGCGCUGGAUUGCGAGGAGUUCUUUGCGCGGAAGACCGCGGUCAGCGCCAUGCCAGAUGUGAAGACGACGAUGAAGACCGACAUGGGCGAUGCCCGCACCCUUGGGGAGCGCCUCGUCGAGGCCGGCCAGUGGGGCCCGCGGCUCUCCGAGGCGGUCGCUUUGAUGUGCGACGCUGAGCAGGCGAAUUUCCCCUUGUCUGGCGUGCGUAGCGUGGCGGAGUUUCUGGGCAGCGCGGCCUCGGGCCCUGGCAACAUGGUCUCCAGCCAGGCAGAGCUGGAGCGGCUAGCGGAGUCAGCGAGGCUCAUCGUGCGCUGGGCGAUGCAGACUGAGAUCGCCGUGGAGCGCAAUCCGCGGCACCUCGACUACAGCGGCCUCGACAUCGUGAUCUCUACACUGGUGAAUGCCGUGGGUCGUGCGUCUACGUUCAAGUUCAACUCCUAG